AUGGCAUUACUUGGCGCACAAUUAGUUAUAACAAUUAUCAUGGUUUCAAUUAUACAGAAACUCGGCAAUCAUUCAUUUGCCAGGUGGUUAUUAUGUUCUCAAGGUUUAUACCGGUAUUUGUAUCCAGAUAACAGUGAAUUAAAAACCCUAGCUGGAGUACCAAAGGAUAAACCAAAAGGCAAGAAAGGUGGAAGGAUAGAGCAAAAUGGAAAACCGGAAACUUUCCAUGUACCACGUAGCCUAGAUUUACAGCUUGAGACAGCUCCAGUGACACCAUUAGAUGUUGUUCAUUUAAGAUUUUAUACUGAAUAUCUUUGGAUUGUUGAUUUUUCCUUAUACACAAGCAUUGUUUAUAUCAUGUCAGAGGUGUACACCUCUCUUUUUCCAUCAAAGGAUGAAUUUAACCUAAGUAUGGUAUGGUGCUUACUAGUGGUGCUGUUUUCAUUCAAAAUCCUUCUAUCGCUAACAAAGCAGUAUUUCACAAGUGACGAGUCAAUAGGUGAACGAUCAACAUGCAUUGUGGCAUUCUGUGUCUUCUUGCUCAUAGCAAUGAUGGUACUGAUCAUUGAUGAAUCCAACCUUGAAGUCGGCGUUGAUCCCGCAUAUGAUAGUUUCUAUGAUAAUGCUUCAAAGUUUCUACAGAAUCAAGGCCUGUCAUCUGUAGGUCCAGCUUCAAAAUUGAUAUUGAAAUUAUCUCUUGCUGUAUGGGCUGCUAUAAUCGGAACUUUAUUUACGUUCCCUGGCCUGAGGGUUGCCAGGAUGCACUGGGAUUCUCUGAGGUAUUACGACGAUAACAAAGUGAAGACGUUAUUUCUGAAUGUGAACUUUGCGAUGCCUUUCGUCCUGGCGCUUCUGUGGGUACGACCCAUCACCAGGAACUACCUAACAGUCAGGGUUUUCAGCGGAAUGGAUAAGCCCCUCAUGACAUCCCAAGCGUUCGACACGCUUCGUCUCAUAUUAGUGGUUAUUGCGGUGGUGAUCCGACUGAGUUUAAUGCCACGUCAGUUGCAAGCGUACCUGGACAUGGCCCAGCGAAGAUUGGACGCACAGAAGAAGGAAGCCGGCAGGAUCACCAAUAUUGAACUGCAGAAGCAGAUAGCGUCAGUAUUCUAUUACCUGUGUGUAGUAGCUCUUCAGUAUGUCUGCCCAAUCAUUAUGUGCUUGUACUUCGCGUUGAUGUACAAGACUCUCGGAGGGUAUUCCUGGACGGCUCUGUUCUACGAGGCUAAGGGGCUAACCAGCCCCGCAAACAACACCAUAACCAGUGGUUUGGGAGUUGAAGGCAUGGAACAGUACCAGAUGGCUUGGGAGAAUUUAAAGAUGGUUUUCACAACGGAAGUGCACCGUGGGCUAUUUGGGUUCGCGACAUGGUGGUGUUGCUUCGCCUGGUUCCUCACCACUUCGCUGGGUACAAUGUACCAGACCUACUUCCGAAUCUCGUGA